AUGUUGGCAGCCAUUCUAAUGAAAUGUGAUCAAGAGGAAGAUGAUGGUCACAAGCCAUCAAACAAAGCUGAGCUGCUGGAAUUUCUGCACCAGAAUUUGCAUAAAGUUACCCAACAGCAAUGUGAAAGACCCAAGGCAAGAAGAAUGAUUCAUUGUUCCUGGGUAGUCAUCUUGGGCUUCUUCUUCAUGACGGCACUUGAAGGACAAUUACCACCUCCUACAGUUAUAGAAACCAGAGCAGCAUUUGACACUAUUGAAUAUAAAGAACCUAUCAAUGUACCAUAUGACAUGGAAGAUGGCAGUGGGACUGUACCAGAAACCAGUCUACCUCUGGCUGAUUCGCACAGACACUAUAGGAGUUUUCUCAAAAGGAAAAAGAGAGCAAUUUUAUUCCCAAGUGGAGUGAAAGUGUGCCCAGAAGAAACAUUUGAACAAGCUCUUCUGAAUCAUAUCACCUUUUUUAAACUCAGGGUUUGCCAAGAAACUGUUUGGGAAGUUUUCAAGAUAUUUUGGGACCGACUCCCGGACCAAUCAGAAUAUCAGCACUGGAUGCAUUUGUGUGAAGAGGGCUCAAUUCCAAUAUUUGAGAUAGGCCAUAAGUUCAGUCAAUCAGAUGAUCAUCACAAGUUAGUCAAAGAGAAACUUGCUAUGACUAAACAUGAAGCAAGCAGUUCUUGCAGUGAUUGGACAUGUGGAUCAGAUGUAACAUCAGCUCCUGAAACUGUGGACUCUACAACGGCUCGAGAUGCAGCCGCUAAUGUACCUGCACCACAGGAAAUAUCUGUUGAGAACUUUUCAUCUACCACCCUUCUGGCUGAAAAGCAAAGUGAAGAAGAUAUUGACAACGAAAUAUUCAAGGUGACCGAGAAUCCAAAAAAAACUGUGGAUAAAAUGGUUGAAUUUAGUAUCCUUAUUCUAAAUGAGCCAUACGACAAGGAGCUAAUGGACAAGGCUAGUGAUACAUAUAAAACAUUUUCUGGAAAGUUCUUAGCCGAGAUGGAACCUGUAUUUCACUCUUUACCUGGAUAUAAAAAAAUCAUAGUACAAAAAGUCAGUCCUUCCAUACUGGAUAACAGAGUUGUUCUACAAGUACACUAUGCUGUUAUUUUUGAUGGGAAUGCAGAUGCCAUUAACAGUGCAACCUUGGACCUCAUGAACCUCCAUUCCAAUGAAAUUGAAGACACCUCCCUGAAUUCUAUUGAAGAUAAUCCCACAGUUGUUUAUACAGUCAGCAGCUUCAGAAAUUACAUAGUAGAUUCUCUACACAAGCAGAUAUUGCUAGGAGAUAAGGAAUUGGAUAUAGAUGCAGACUCAAUGCAACUUGUUAAUGUGAAGACGGUUCCAUUAUAUCUUUACAAUGAAUGGACUUCUAUAACCGCGAAACCAGCAUUUCCUAUACCUUCCACAGAGGAUGUUGAUAAUGCUUUACAAGCUGAAUGGCUUCCAACUGAUUAUUUAACAAUUAACGCAUAUGAAGAAAUAAGUGAAGAUCUUACAUCUAGAAGUCAGAUUGCCCUGGAAGCAGAAAGUCCUGUUGUUACAGAAGACAUGACUUUUAAAGUUUAUACCACAUCAGUCUUUGAAUACACAUUUACUACUCCAGCAGAUUAUGUAACCUCCCAGCCAAGCACAACCUUAAGUUCACUUGAAUCUGGCCCAGUUACCCCUUCUGAAAACAUUCAAGAAGAAUCAGGGGACAAUGACAUUUCAGCGUUCCAAGAUUCAACUGUAAGCUCAUCUUCUGAGCAUAAUGCUAAGGAGACAACUAUUCCAAAUAAAAUCCAUGUGAUUGCCACCAAUCUUCCUCCAGCUCUAAUUAUGUCAAUAGCUGGAGAACCCAAUUCAGACAUUGUGACUUCUGCAAUCGCUGCUGAAGAACCUGCACUAAGUGAUUCCUCGUUGAGGGAUUUAUUGAAUAAGACAGAGCAAACAAAUGUAGAUUUGGAUACUAUGAUAUCACUAGUUACUUCAGAAAAUAUGCAAGAAACAGCUAAAAUACUUGUAGAAGACAACUUACUGCCAACAGCAGAGAGUGUGAAACCUUUGGAUGAGGGUUCUGGAUCAGGAUUUGGACAUAAGGCUGAAGGCGAAGUUGUUACAUGGUCUUGGAUAAAGACUACUGUGGAUCAGCUUUCCUCUUUUAAAGGUCAAUCAAUAGAUGUAGAUUUAACUGACACAACAAGAAACUAUGAAGACCUAAUUGAAGAACAUUUUACUGAUACAUCAUUUGAUGACAAUUUCAAAUUGGCUAUUACUGAGUUCAGCACCACUUCAGACCAGGAUUCAGAUGCUCCACAUCCCCAAAACUCUGCUUCUACCAGUAGUCUUGUAAAACAGCCUAUUAUGCACACUUUCUCAACCAAACCUCCACCCGUGUUGUGGACACCUGAAUACUGGAAUGUUGAGUUGUCAGUGCAAACACCUGUAUCAUCAGAGAUAGAUGGAGACUCUUUCACUAGUGAACCAGAUGCCUUACAGGGGCGCACAGGGGGUUACACACCAUCUUUAACAGAAAGUACCUUAUUGUCUACACAAACACCAGAACAAAUGGCACAGACAAAUCUAAUUUUGGACCAUGAUGUAGAUAUAAUGGAGAGUUCAAUAUCUAAUGAAAUAGAGCCAUUCAAGCCACAUGUUGCAGUCCAUAGUUUUACCACACCCCCAGUUCCAACAACUAGUGAACAUGAUAACACAAUUACAGCCAGCUCUGACACAAAUGCCAUCUUAACAUCAUCAACUAAUGAUGUUAAAAGUGAGGAAAGUGUGUACUUUACAGCAAUACCAUCAUUGAAAUCACAUGAGGAAAUGUUAAAUACCAUACCCAAUCUGGAUGCCACCAACACGCAUCCACAGGGUGACAUUGAGUCUACAGGAGUAAACAACAUGCCCAAUAUAAUUCCUAUGAUACAGAAAGAGAUGGCCAUUACAGAUCCUAUACAGUAUGAACCUCUUUCGAUUGGUACCUCUGUAGGCCCAACAAGUUUUCUGACCCAAGAUAUAGAGGUAACUGUUGAUGUGCAAGAUAUAUCUCUGGAACUUGAUCACAUGAGCACAGUAUAUUUUCACCCUGACAUGAGUGCAGAAGAACGAAGCAUGAUAGCAAAAAAUAUAGAUUCUACAGAUUUCACAGGCAUGGUGUUUUCAACUCACGAAAACAAUGUCAGCACUUCAGCAAAGGCUCGAGCGCUUGUGGUUUUCUUCAGUCUGCGCGUCACUAAUAUGAUAUUCUCCGAGGACUUAUUCAAUAAACAUUCUCCUGAAUAUAAGGCUUUGGAACAAAGAUUUCUCGAACUGUUGGUUCCCUAUCUGCAGUCCAACUUAACAGGAUUUCAAAACCUUGAAAUAUUGAAUUUCCGGAAUGGCAGCAUAAUUGUAAACAGCAGAAUGAAGUUUGCAAAGCCUGUUCCACGAAAUGUAACAAAUGCCGUCUACAUCAUUCUUGAAGACUUCUGUAACACCGCUUACCAAACUAUGAAUUUGGCAAUUGAUAAGUAUUCUUUGGACGUUGAAUCAGGGGAUGUAGCCGACACUUGUAAAUUUCAAGCUUGCAAUGAAUAUUCGGAGUGUCUUAUAAACAGGUGGAGUGGUGAGGGAGAAUGCGUUUGUAACCCCGGAUAUGUCAGCAUUGAUGGUUUACCAUGUCAGAGCAUCUGUGAUAUGGAACUAGAUUUCUGUAUGAAUGAUGGUAAAUGUGACAUUAUCCCUGGACAAGGAGCAAUUUGCAGGUGUCGAGUAGGUGAAAACUGGUGGUAUCGUGGAGAACACUGUGAGGAAUAUGUCUCAGAACCCUUAGUUGUUGGUAUUGCUAUUGCAUCUGUUGCUGGAUUUCUACUUGUGGCAUCGGCUGUAAUAUUUUUCCUAGCAAGGACACUUAGAGUACAGAAUACAAAGGGUGACUUAGAAGAGCCUGGAGGGAGACCAAGUGACAGUCUGUCUUCUAUUGAGAAUCCAGUUAAAUACAACCCAAUGUAUGAAAGUGACAUCACAGGCUACAGUCAUUAUUAUAAGAGAUAUCCACAGCUCCCGUCAACCAGCACAUCUACAAGUCCUGAGACAUCAGCGGACUUCAGUAGUGAAGAGAUCCGGCACAUUUAUGAAAACAGUGAGCUCACUAAAGAGGAAAUACAGGAUCGAAUACGAAUAAUAGAACUAUAUGCAAAAGACCGACAGUUUGCUGAAUUUGUGAGGCAGCACCAAAUGUCUGUUGAAAAUGUUAGAAAAUCAAGUUCAACAAGUUAAUUUUUCAUCUGCUUUAUUACCUGGUUACGGAGAAAAAAGAAACAUCACUUUUUGCCAUUAAAGUAGGAAUGAGUUACCUCAUGAAGAAGCAGUGUAUG